GUCGAGAGGAGCGGCGGCACCGGCGCGGCACAGCACAGUUCCGGCGGUACACUUGAUCAAACCGAUCAAACGCCAGGCGGUGUAGGCGGAAUACGCUCGCUGGAGUGCCGUGUCGUCGUCUGCUGGGCGGCAAGGAAAGUUGCUACGUGAGCCCUCGCUCUUCUUCCCGGUACCUUCAACCGCGGAUAGUGUUCGUUUAGCGGAAAAGACGACAGGAUGGCUGAACACCGUGCCACCAAAUCCGGCCUCGCGGCCGAAGCUCACAGCAAGAUCCAGUCCAAGUAUGACCCGGAGCUGGCGGGUCAACUGCUUGCCUGGGUAAAGGAUGUCACGGGUCAGGACAUCAACACCUCUGGCGACAUGGAUAACUUCUAUGAAACACUCAAGGAUGGCGUUCUCCUCUGCCACCUAGUAAACUCGAUCAAGGCGGGCAGCAUCCCGGAGAAGAAGAUCAAUCAGAGCAAGAUGGCUUUUAAAUGUAUGGAGAACAUCAACCUGUUUCUGGAGCAUGCACGGCAGAUGGGUGUUCCUGCCCAGGAGACCUUCCAGACCGUUGACCUCUGGGAGAAGCAGAACCUGCUCUCGGUCUCCAUCUGCCUGCAGUCACUGGCCAGGAAGGCUCCCAAGUUUGGUGUCAAAGGCAUGGGACCUAAAGAGGCAGAAGCAAAUGUUCGCAACUUCAGCGAGGAGCAGCUGAAGGCUGGCCAGAAUGUUAUCAGUCUGCAGUAUGGAUCCAACAAGGGUGCCACACAAAGUGGCAUCAACUUUGGCAACACCCGCCACAUGUAAAGAUCCAUCUGGAACAGUCCCAUACCUCAGUCAAAAUGGCUGGGAUGAUGCCAAAACACUAGAGGGGAACAAAGGCCAUCCCACAUCUGCAGAAGUGUCAAAUUGGAAAGGCAGUGAGGCUCACUGCAUGUCUGUUUAAAUGCUUUGCUGGUUAAGAAUAGGGAUUUGUACAUUCCAGAGUGGCUAAACACAUACGUGAAGAAAGAGCCUGCUGGCACUCCAAGUCUAGUUGCAAACAGAACUUCCUCUGCUUACUUACAGACACUAGCUUUCUGUCAAGAAUGCAACUACUUGGCUAUUCGUAUGUACCAUGAUGGUACAAAUGGACAAGUAGCAUGGAGAGUUGCACUUUUACACAAAGAGCCUGGAUAGCAGGGCAGUUAUGUGCUUCUGAGCGUUGCAGCCACCAUUAAUAUAUAGACUCUAUGUGCCACAUGUUCUUGCUUCAAGCCCAUUUUCCAAAGGUUACCUAGCACUUGGAAGCUAAAUUUUAUGCUCUACAGUUAGAAAGAACAAUGAGUGGCCUUUUGAAGAGCAGCAUUUGUUACCUGUGCAAAAAUGUUCCAAUUUUAAACUGUUAUUUUCGUACUGAAUAAAGUACUACAGUUUUAAA